AUGCGAGACUAUGGCCUCAUGAUCGAGUACAAGCACUUGCGUCACCACGUCCCGAGCAGUAUCUACGUGCUGCCGAGUUUCGACCAGUCGCGCGUAUGGUAUGGAGUCGUCUUCAUCCACGCGGGGCUCUACCGCAAUGGCAUUUUCAAGUUUACGAUUCACUUGCCGGAAAAUUACAAUGGACCUGGAACAUAUCCUCGCAUCGUGUUCAACACGACGAUCUUCCAUCCGUAUGUCUACGAGGAGACGAGAGAGCUGGACCUGAGCCCCAAGUUUCCAGAAUGGGACCCCGAGCUGCACUAUAUGGUGGCCGUGCUCACGUAUCUGAAAGGGAUCUUUUACAUGAAAGACUUUCCCGAGACCGACGCGGUCGCGAACAGCGAGGCACUGGACAUGUUCCGCCACGAUCCAGAGAACUACUUGAACAAAGUGGAAGAGUGUGUGGACGAGUCGCUCACGAGCGUGUACAAUAACGAAAUGGGCUCUACGAUUCGCUUUACGAAGCACAAUCCAGCGCACGACAAGCUGCGACAGGAGCUCUUUGCCCAGCUAGACACGGCGCCGGAUGCCGCGCCACAGACAUUCGAGGAGAAGUUCAGCACGGAACCGUCGACCCGUUCGUUGUCCAUUGUCACGGCAGCUGCAGCAGAAGGCGCGUCAGGCCAACGUGCGACAGGCUUUGCCGACGAGCCAAUGCCCGACACGUUUUUUGACUGA